UUUGCAGGCCCUGUAAAGGAGAAUUAUCAACAAGAUCCUAUAUAUACCAAGGAAUUUCUUUUAAAAUUCCUAACAUUAAACCCUAAAGAGGUUCAAUUAAUGAAGAAAUCACAUUCUUCAAUGGUUAAAUCCUUACCAAAGAAAUUCCCAGAUGUAUUGUCAUCAAAUUUUCAACCCAAUGGGUAUGUUUAUGUUGGUGGUUCACAUUUCAAUUAUCUUGUUUUAUUAUCACUUAAAUCACUUAGAGCAUCUGGGAGUGUUUUCCCCGUGGAGGUUUUAAUCCCCAAGAUGGUUGAAUUUGAUGUUGAAUUGUGUAAUUAUAUUUUCCCACUAUAUAAUGCCAAAUGUCUUGUUAUUGAAGAUUUUAUCACGAAGGAGACUUCGAAAAAAAUCAAUAAAUAUCAAAUGAAAUCAAUUGCAUUAUUAAUAAAUUCUUUUAAAAAUGUCAUGUUGUUGGAUAGUGAUAAUAUGAUUUUGAAAAAUCCAGAUUAUUUAUUCUUGAAUGAACCUUUUAAAUCUAAAGGUUUUAUAUCAUGGCCAGAUUUAUGGAGACGUGCCACAUCACCUUUUUUCUACAAGAUUAGUGGUGUUUCAAUUAAUGAUUAUAAAAAAAUCCGGAAUUCAUAUUGGCAUAUUUUGAAAAAACAAUUCCAUGAUAUUAAACCUGAUUGGUUAUAUUCAUAUCAUGAUUUUGAAGGGACAAUCCAAGAGACAAGUUCAGAAAGUGGACAAUUAUUAAUCAAUAGAGAGACACAUGCCAAAACCAUUUUCCUUUCAACUUAUUAUAAUUUUUAUGGACCAGAUCAUUAUUAUCCCUUAUUGACACAAAAUUCUCAUGGUGAAGGUGAUAAAGAAACUUAUAUAAGUGCUGCACAUGCAUUGGGGCAAACUUAUUACCAAGUGGAAGAAUUUGCUCGUGAUUUCCAUAAAAAUCAUCAUCGUGUUAAAUUUGGUCGACAACGAGAUAUUAUUGGGAUUGGACAAUAUGAUCCAAUGAUUGAUUAUAAUAGAUCAACAUUAAUGACACUAGAAGAGUCUAAAAGAAAUGAUGUUGAUCAGUUUAAAUAUUCAAGUGGACAUUCCAUAUGGGAAUAUAAAAUUUGGAAUCAAUCUGAAUUGAUGUUUUUACAUUGUAAUUGGCCAAAAUUAUAUACAUGGGAUUUAAUAAAUUCUAAAGGGAUUAGAAGUUUUAAGAAUGCCAAGGGGAAAAGACAAAGAUUAUAUGAUGGGUUAAUUAAUGAAUUGGGUGGGAAGAGAGAUUUUGAAUUGGAGAUUGUUGGAUAUAUGAAGUGGUAUUUUUGUGAACAUAAAGAUUUACAAAUUAGAGGUGUUUUCAAU